CCUCCCAUGAAACCAGCGGCCGCUGUCGUCAAGCUGCGCUUUGGUCUCACAGGUGGAAGUUAACGCAGGCAGAGCUCGGACACGAUGGAGACAGAAAUACUGAGAAUGAUCUGCGCCGGUCACGGAGCAGUCAACACUGAGGAUUUAGUGUAUAAUCUGUUUUCCGGCGAUCGUACGAAGGUGUCGGAGAUCAUUUCUAACCGAGAGAAAUUUGCUCGGUGUUGUCCAAACGGACAGGAGAAGGUGGUGGCCAGGACCCGCCUGAGACUUUGCAGAGCCAAAGACUGCCCGGGGACGUGCAGGGGUCUGCACCUGUGUAAAAACUUCCUCUUCAGCGGAUUCUGUCAGUUCACUCAGCUCAGGAGGGGCUGCAGCUUCUCCCAUGAGCUGACGUCUGAUCAUAACCAAAGACUUCUGAGGGAGCAUGAGCUGGAGAGCCUGAGCCGAGAAGAGCUGUGCACCCUGCUGCUGCAGAGUGACUACACAGUUCUUCCUGAUAUAUGCCACGACUACAACAACGGUGUUGGACUGUUUGGCAGGUGUCAGGAUGGUGAUCGUUGCAAGAGGCUCCACAUCUGUGAGAACUACAUCAGCCGUGAGUGCAGUUGCUGGAAGAACCACGAUUUUAAUGCUCCACAGCCAUUCAAAGCUUUGCAAGCUAGAGGCGUACCUGACACACUCUUUCAGUCCUUGAAGGCUGCUUAUGCAAAUAAACAGGCUUUGAGGCUGAUUCGAGUCAAUGACCAUGGUCAACGAAGUCAGAGAGGCAGAGGGAGAGGUGGCCAUCAGCUCAGCAGAGGUGGGAGAGGUACUUGGGACAACAGGGGCUUUAGGGGAAACAGAGGAAGCCACAGCAGCCGCCUGGUGCAGGAUCAGGCCUGUUCACUUAGUGACAUUGCUGCAAACAUUGACGCCCUUGACCUGUACACCAGUGAUGGACUAAAUGAAAGCGAUGAUGAAAACUCUCCCACUAGUGACAUCUCUGCCGCCACUAGCGACAACGAUGCGAGCAGCGAAAAUGAUGUAAGCCAAAACCGGACAUGGCAUCCAAAAAAAGCUGCAGUGCCUUUUAGAGGGAGAGGCGGCAACAGGGGCAACCAUCGGCUUUUUCAAAAUACUCGUUCCUUAAGUGACAUUCAUGCUGCUGUCAGUGAUGAAGCUGCUAAAGGCGGAGAAUGGCAGAACAAUAGACAAAGGCCUGUCAGAGAUAAAACAGGGAUCUGCAUGUACUUCAUUAAAGGUCACUGCAAACAUCAAGAUCAAUGUUUUAAAGCUCAUGACAAGAUGCCGUACCGAUGGCAGGUCCAAGAGGGACACCAGUGGACUGAUUUGCCCGAUAAUGAGACAAUUGAGAGAGACUACUGUGACCCCAGUAACUCAUACAGUAGUACCAGCCCAGCCGUGCACUUUGACACGAUGACCUGUGAACUGAAGAAGGUACGUCGGCUCACGACAGAAAACUCGGUGACUGAGCCAACCUUCAUCCACACCACCGAGUGGCUUUGGUACUGGCAGGAUGAGUUUGGGAGGUGGAACAUGUUUGCAUCCGCUAUUGGUGGACAUGAAGCAGCAGACAUCAACAGCACAAAGCUGGAGAAGUUGUUCCUGGGCAACAAUAAAGACGUGCUGGAGUUUACUGCUGGUUCACACUCGUAUUCACUCAGUUUCGAGGACAUGAUGCAGACAAACAACCUUAAUGGCACGAAGACGCUUGUGUGCAGACGGCCACGGUUUGUCUCUGCUGUAGACGUCCUAACAAAGAAAGUCAGAAGGCCUGUGGUUCAAAAUGUUGGCCCAGUACCGGACAACUGGGACAAGAAACAGAUCCCUGAAACAGGAUAUUCGCAAAUUUCCCUCCAGAGCAGCUCAAGAGAAUUUAAGGAGGUUGAAGCUCUUUUCUGUAAAACCAUGAGAGACUCUGAUAUCGUCAACAUUGUGAGAAUUCAGAACAAAACUCUUUGGGAGGCCUUUCAGUUGCAGAAGAAUCAGAUGAGGACCAAAAACCGAGGGAGAGAUGUGCCUGAACUAAGACUUUUUCAUGGCAUCGACUCCAAAUCUGUAAACACCAUCUGCCACAACAACUUCGACUGCAGAACUCAUGGAAUGGCUUAUGGCAAAGGUAGUUACUUUGCCCGCGAUGCCAAACACUCCCACGACUUCACCGGUGACACUGAUGUCAGAGCCAUGUUCAUCUCACGGGUGCUGGUGGGAGACUACACCAAAGGGUCCUUCGACUAUUGCCAACCUCCUUCAAAAGACGGAGGGGACAUAAACUUCUAUGACAGCUGUGUAGAUGAUGUAAUGGACCCCGCCAUAUUUGUGGUGUUUGAGAAGCACCAGAUCUACCCCGAGUACCUGAUACAGUACAAUUAGACAGACGUGUACUGGUGAAAGAAACCAGCUACACUAUUAGCUUACCAACCGAGCACAGUUUUUUUCAUGUGCUGAUAGUGAGACAAAUGUGAGCACUUUGUGUACUCAGAGUAGAAAAGAGAUAUGAGAACCACUCCGUUUACCAUUUAGCAUUUAGCAAUGUUGGUAAAAAUGUGUGAAUUGUCCUGGGAAAUACUUGGUAAAACUAGCUUCCCAGUCAGUUGCUAUUUUAGGUUUAAUUCAAAUGAUGAAAAUGCUGAAUAAGCAAGUUUCUUUUGUUUGUUUCGAUGCUCAAAGUUUUUCAACUUGACCAAAUGCAAAGUGAUUUUUAAAAGAAGACAAAUUUCCACAAAUCACAAACAUUUCCAGUCAGUCUGUCCUCAUGUGCAAAAGAUGCACAUAAAAACAGGUUCGCACAAUCCCAUUUGCUGAGGUGUUUUUUAUAGAAAUUACAGUUUAAUUAUAAAAUUAAACUUUUAUACAAAAUGAAAGAAUGACAUUUUGAAUCGCUAAUGAUCUCAGCAUAUAUCUGUAUGUAUCUCCUUAAUGGUGGGCCAAUCGAAAGAAAAGUUUUUCAAUAACAUUGCAGUUAUUAACAUCUAUUUUAAGCCAUGUCUUUAAGUUUUCAUAUUCAUCUCCCUGACAAUGCGAUGAUGUCUCCAUUUGUUGUUGUUGUGACAUUCAACAUACGCGAAGGAAUUUUGUUAUACUCAACAUAAAUACAGAAUGAAGAAUUUGACAAAGCACUACAGGCUUAGCAAAAACCGCCCAUAGGACAGGUUUAUGCUAGUAAUAUAGAUAUGCUGCAGCGUGCUAACCAUAUCGGAAGAAAAGCCUGAGUGCUUUCCUCAUGAUUAUCUCGGGAAGUUUUAUACGUCCUCCACGUUUAGUGGUUAUUAUGCGAAAGCAUCGUACCUAAAACAUAUCAAAUAAUAAAAAAGGAUAACGUUGGAGGCGAUUAGAGCCUCAUAUUCUCGUAAGGAUUUGUCCAAGACACACGACGGACUACGUGUUGGUGCCUGAUGAUAGCUUUGCUGUUUUAGAUGACCUUUGCAAUGUCAGCAGCAAGCAAGGACCAACUUCUGGGAACACGUAUAGAAACAAACAGCAGCAGUGUGCGAUACUCACUGUGUUCGGAAAAGCUUGAGAAAAAAGAAAGCGAAAAACAUAGACCUUCUUGUCCUGCGGUCCCCAACCUUUUUUGUGCCACGGACCGGUUUAAUGUCAGACAAUAUUUUCACGGGCCGGUGUUCUGGGAAUCCAUCCUACGUGACAAACCAUCCUACCCGUUGUUUGUACACAUGCGCACAAAUAAGUGGCGAACCGUCCUACCUUUGUGAGUAUGAGCGAGAAACAUACUCCGAUGGGCAAAGUUAAGUGACAAACCAUCAUGCCUACUUAAAUUUGUGCUGGAAUUAGGAAGUAGGAUGGUUUGUCAGAACACCGGCUUUUAAGGUGUCGCGGAUAAAUACAAGAGAAUAAAAUGAUACGACCAAGACAAAAUAUAAAAAUAAACGUGAAUGCACUGUGUAAUUGUGUAACUUUAUUAGCAGUGUCCUCCUGAAAUGCGCCAACAACACUGACAAUAACGUCCUCCUCUCUGCCCCUUAAUGCUCACUGGUCGCUAUAGUAACGCGUAAAUAUUUAUUUCAAAAUAAGACACACAACUACAACACGGGAAAAGACUCAAGGAAACCGAGUUAACGAUAAAAACCAUGAAAACCAUAAAUUUCACACCCGAGCCUCAACUCUCGCGACCCGGUACCAAACCACUCACGGACCAGCACCGGUCCAUGGCCCGGGGGUUGGGGACCGCUGCUCUAGUGCAGCACAAAGGUGAUUGUUGGUUGUGGUGGUUGUUAAACGUUCACUUCGCCCUGUUGUGCACAGUGCACCUCGUUUCAUUUGCCAGUCUUUCUAGUUCAUAGUCUGACUGUAAAUGCAGAAAAACGUUGAUAAAAAAAUUAAUUUCUGUUUGAAGAUGGUUUAGAUGUUACAUUGUGUAUAUUGCCUUUCUCUUUAGCUCUUUUGCAGUCAUAGCCCGCUUGGUCAGUAGUACUUGGAUUAGCGGUUAUAUAUUUAUAAUGAUUAGAAAAAGAUAUAAGAAAAUACAAAUACACCAUGCUACUAGUUUUGCUUUUUGUUAUUGUUCUUGACACUAUAUGAGAGGGUACUUACAGCCCAUUCAGGUUGCACAGUUAGUCCAGUUCCUGGACCGCUCUGUCUCCCAAGACAAGAAGGCAGGCUGUGCGUGAGGAAACCCUGAAAGGGCCAUAGAAGGGCAUCAACCCAGCAGCAGGACCGCUAUCUGUUGCUUUAUGCAAAAAGUAAUAGAAGGAUCACUGCCAAAGCCUUACAGAAUGGCAUAUUUAUGUGCAUGUUCCCAAUGAAACUGUUAGGAACAGACUCCAUGAGUAUAGCUGAGGUCCUGAUGUCUCAAACAGCAGUCAUGAGAGCUGCUGACUAACACAUGGAGGUCUGUGUUACCUUCCAAGGAUAUGCCUCCAAAGGCUUACCCACUCCCAAAAAAGUCAUACUGGAUGUUUCAGCCUUCAUAAAGUUUGCCGAUGGCGCCUCCAGAUUUUUUUUUACAUGUGCUCACUGUAAACCUGUUCUAUUAUUAAAGCUUUUAUUCUUCUGAAAUGUUCUAUCAAAUCAGAUUUUUGUGUGUGUGCAUGUUG